AUGAAGGUCUUCGCCAUUGUCGCUACUCUUCUCGCUGGCUCUGCCAUGGCCGCCCAGAAGGCUGCUGCUCCUCAAGCCGCCAACGCCCCUACCUUCGGCAACCUCCUUGACAUCAUGAGCAAGGUCGUCGAGGCCAUUGGCCAGCGCGUCCCUGAGCUCCAGAGCGAUGCUGCUACCGUCAGCGCUUCCCUCGACGCCUUCAAGCAGUCCGCUGCUUCCGUCAAGGUUGGCUCCCUCGUCGGCGAGGCUGGCGCCGCUGCCUCCCCCCAGUAG